AUGGGGGAAUGGACCAUACUAGAGCGGCUGUUGGAGGCGGCUGUCCAGCAGCACUCUACUAUGAUCGGAAGGAUCUUACUGACUGUGGUGGUGAUCUUCCGGAUUCUCAUCGUGGCAAUAGUCGGCGAGACUGUGUACAAUGAUGAGCAGUCCAUGUUCGUGUGCAACACCUUACAGCCAGGGUGCAACCAGGCCUGCUAUGACAAGGCUUUUCCCAUCUCCCACAUCAGGUACUGGGUGUUCCAGAUCAUCAUGGUGUGUUGCCCCAGCCUCUGCUUCAUCACCUACUCUGUGCACCAGUCUGCCAAGCAGAAGGAGCGGCGGUUUUCCACAGUGUACCUCUCCCUGGAUCGAGACCAAGACUUUAUGAAGAGAGAUGACAGCAAGAAGAUCAAGAACACCAUUGUGAAUGGAGUGCUACAGAACACAGAAAACUCCAACAAGGAGGCAGUGUCCGACUGCCUGGAGUUCAAGGACAUCCCCAACUCUGUCACGCGAACUACAAAGUCAAAAAUGAGAAGGCAGGAGGGCAUCUCCAGGUUCUACAUCAUCCAGGUGGUGUUCAGAAAUGCGUUAGAGAUAGGGUUUCUGGUGGGCCAAUACUUUCUGUAUGGAUUCAACGUCCCUGUGGUGUAUGAGUGUGAUCGAUACCCUUGCAUAAAAGAUGUGGAGUGCUAUGUUUCCAGGCCGACAGAGAAGACGGUGUUUCUCGUCUUCAUGUUUGCGGUCAGUGGCAUUUGUGUGGUGCUGAACUUGGCAGAGCUCAACCACCUCGGCUGGAGGAAGAUCAAAACCGCUGUGAGAGGAGUGCAGGCUAGGAGGAAGUCCAUUUAUGAGAUCAGGAACAAAGACUUGCCCCGGAUGAGUAUGCCCAACUUUGGGCGCACGCAGUCCAGUGACUCUGCUUAUGUGUAACUGCCUGUUCAAUAUACAUGAGUAUGUGAGGAGGCUGCUGGAGGUCAUUAUCAGUGUCAGGGUAUCAUAGUUUCGCAGGGCAUCCAUUUUCAUUGUCUUUAAUGGAGAGACAAAGAUGGCUAGCUCACUGACAUGAGGAAGGCCCUGAUGAAGAAUCAAGUGUUUAUAAAAAGCAUCAACUGAAACACUACAUGCUCAGACGUAUGUGAACACCCCAACGUUCCAGCCUUACGUGGGCAUUAUUUAUUCAUUUGUUUUAACAUCCUUCACUCUUCUGGUUCGGAACUAAUGAAGCGUGCAGUCAGCGUUUUGGUCGCAUCCCAAUGGUGUUCGAUGGUAAUUAGGGAUAAGGGCCUCCCUUUGUGAAUGGGGGUAUUGUCAUGUUGAAAUGGGAGAAGG